CGCUGUUAUUUUAAUAUACAUAAAAUGGCGAUAUAAGAGCGUAAGCAGCCCGUCUGUUGUUCGCAUAACGUCUUAGCAACUAAACGUGUGCUGAAGUCAUAAUAGCAAAUACGACACGUAUCGUUAACUCUUAAAUAUUCAACAAGCAAUGGCCAAGUCCAAGUUUUGUCUUUUCUUGGCGCUUAUAUGUGCCGCAGCUUUGCUAGGCAACGUCACAGCUGAGAAAUCGAUAUCUUCUGCUGAUGCGAUUGUUGAGGCAAGAAAUGACGAAGUCGCACCCGAAUUGCCUCAGCGGGAAGCUGACAAGAUCCCUAGUGAGUCAUUGCCAGCUAAGUCCGAGUUGCCUGCAAAUUCCGCCAUUGUGCCUGUAGAGGUGGAAGAUAAGACAAAUGAAGAGCAAGGUAAGCCGGUGGGUGAAGGAGAAGUUGCUGAGACUGAAGGCGCUGUCAUCGGCGCUGAUAAUAAAACGGAAAAUCUUGAGCUCGCGGUGAAUGCCGACAUAUUGAAACAACCAGAAAUGGCCCGCUUAGCCCGUCAUCUCAACAGCUUCCACAACUAUCAGGUAUAUCGUGCACAGAAAGCUGCCGGAAAACAACGGGCUGCCAACGACAUUGACGACAUGGAAGAAGAUGAUGGCAUAGUGCCCGAAGAACGUGCCGUACGUCGUCGUAAGCGCAUAUAUAAGCGUAAGGCCAACAACAACGUGCGUCGUACGCAUCACAGGAAGAAUGUCGCUAAUCGUCUAAACAGUGCCAAUCGUCAAAAUCAACGCGUCAACUCUGUACGCAGGCGAAAUAAGAAGAAUGGAGCAAGUAGUCGUCGUCGGGUCAGCAAUGGUGGCAAUAAGCGUCGUAGUAGCAGCAACAAAAAGCAGAGAAAGUCAAGCACUAGCAACAAGCGUCGCUCAUCACAAAACGGUUUACGUAAAACCAAACGAAAAUCAUCACUGAAGAAACGAACCCAAAAGAACUUCAAUAACGGUAGUCCGCAUUUCGAGGAAGAGCAGGUUGUUUAUCCCGUUCAUUCGCUGGGGAACAAUGUACCCCAGAUGAUCGUAAUUCUGGACGGUGAUAAGGCAGAAAAUGCAAUCGUCGGCCAAACUGCCUAAAGCUGAUUGGUUUUAAAAUUUAUAUUUUAAGUAUUAAAGGCUUUUUUAAUGUAUACUAUUUAUUUUCGAUUUAAUAAAAUAUGUUUAAGUAAUAAUACCAAAUUUUGUCAUUUAUAACAAAACGCUUUCAAUGACAGAAAUAACCAUUACUUUAAUAUGAUACAGGCA